GGUGAAAUAUAAAAUAUAGCAUGCAUUCCUUACUUCGGCGAACAAUUCGUGCAAAAACAACUGUUAAAUCCAGUGUUUUAACGGCACUAACGGAAAUACACCGAACUAACGCGUAUGCUUUAGUGGUCCUGCCAAUAUCGGGUUUAUGUUACUCAGUUAACGUUAGCUAAUUGCUAGCAGGAGAUAUUAACACAUCCUAAACGUGAACCUGAGAUAUUUUAUUAAAUUCUCCCAGAAGCCAGAGUCUAUUUAGGUACGGAUCGUAACACAAAUCAAAAGGAAAAAAAACAUGGCCUCUCGAAGAAAAGACGAGAAGAAAAGAAAGAUGAUGGAGCUCACUGAAACAAAGACGCAACAACACUUGGAUGCAGAACCAUCAGAUGGCAGCACCACAGAACAAAUGGCAUGCAAAAGGAAGAUAAAACCACAGAAAAAAUACAUAGGUGCUCACGUCUCAAUAUCAGGAGGAAUAUGGAAAGCAGUGGAAUCCAGUGUGGCCAUGGGAGGUCAUGCUUUUGCCCUUUUCUUAGGCUCUCAGCGCUCCUGGACAAGACCAGUCCUCGAUUCAAAGGCUGCAGUUAAAUUUCAUCAAGCCUGUGCAGAACAUGGCUUCGAUCCGAUACACAUCCUGCCACAUGGAUCUUAUUUGAUGAAUUGCGGUUCUCCUAAAGAAGAUGUGUUCAGUAAGAGCCAGGCUAUGCUUGUGGAUGAGCUGAGUCGCUGCGGUACAUUGGGCCUCAGCCAGUUUAACUUUCACCCUGGAGCUGCUAUGGACUCCAGCCCUGAGAAAUGCAUGGAGAAAAUCGCCCAAGCUAUUAAUCAUGCACACCAGCAAACCCCUGCUGUCAUUACAGUGCUUGAAAACAUGAGUGGUCAGGGCAGCACCAUUGGUGGGCAGUUCAGCGAACUGAAAGGCAUAAUCGACAGAGUGCGUGACAAGACACGGAUCGGGGUGUGUCUGGACACUUGCCAUGCUUUUGCUGCAGGCUAUGACAUUUCACCACCUGGAGGAGUGAAGAAUAUACUUGAUGAAUUUGACCGCGUGGUUGGGCUGCAUUAUUUAAGAGCCGUUCACUUAAACGACUCUAAAGGGAAAUUAGGCUCCCACCUGGACCGUCAUGAAGACAUUGGACAUGGCCAGAUAGGUAUUACAGCUUUCCGAGAAAUUGUGAAUGAGCCUCAUCUGGAUAAUAUUCCUCUGAUUCUAGAAACUCCCGGUCGCCCAGAUUUUGAGUAUGCUGAACAGAUAGAGCUCCUGUACUCCCUUUGUGAAAAAAGGUGAAGAAAUAGACAUGUACUGGGUGGAAUAAACCAUGUCCUACCUUUUAAUCAAUAAGAUCUCAGUCUUUUUAUUGCUAUUCAGGUCUUUUUG